AUGUCGAAAGAUCCGUAUCAAAUUCUUCAACUAACUCGAAGUGCAACGGAUAAGGAUAUCAAAGCCGCUUAUCGUCGAUUAGCAUUAAAAUUUCAUCCGCUAAAAAAUUCCAAUGAUCCGAAUUCAACUACGAAAUUCCACGAGCUUGCUGAAGCAUAUGAUAUAUUAAGUGACAAUAGAAGACGAGCAAUAUACGAUCAGUUUGGUGAUGAAGGUUUGCGAUGUGGAGUACCAACAGGAAUGGAAAAUGAAUGGACGGAUGAAUAUGUAUUUCAUGGCGAUGCUGACAAAGUAUUUCGAGAUUUUUUCGGUGGUGAUAAUCCAUUUGCAGAUUUUUAUACAAGUGCUGCACAAGAUCGAAGUUUAGGUUUUGGCUGUGUCGAUGGUCGCGGCCGACGGAGAAAAGAUCCUCCAAUCGUACGUGAUCUCCUACUGUCUCUUGAAGAUUGCUAUCAUGGUGCAAUCAAGAAAAUCAAAAUAAGUCGACGAAUUAUGAAUGAUGACGGUAUAUCAUCCAGUAUUCGAGAAAAGAUUCUUUCAAUUACUGUCAAACGUGGCUGGUUGCCAGGUACACAAGUUACUUUCGAAGGUGAAGGUGAUCAAGGUCCAAACAAUAUACCAUCCGAUCUGGUUUUCAUAGUUAAAGACAAACCACAUCCAAACUUUCGUCGGGAGAACGCCGAUCUUAUUCACACAGCUAAGAUUAAUUUAGGACACGCAUUAACCGGUAUCACAUUACAUAUUGAACAUCUUGAUGGAAGAUUAUUAGACAUUCCUAUUAAUGAAAUUGUCCGGCCUGGUUAUAAGAAACGCAUUCCAGGUCAAGGUAUGCCAUUGAUGUCUGAUGCGGAUAAAUACGGAGAUUUAAUCAUUGAAUUCGAUGUUGAAUAUCCACAUGGACUGAACUCUGAUCAGAAACUGUACAUCCGAGAAGCAUUGAUACAUCAACAGGAUAGCAAGAAACAGAAUCAACAUCGAAGAAAAAAUGCGACCUAUGCAGACUAA